UUCUGUUUUCAAUCUUGGUACUGUCGGGUACUGUCAAGUGUCCAUGCACUUUGAUCGAAUCUAAAGCAGCAAGAUAUUAAAAUAAACCUACGAAAGAAGCUAUCUUUUCGUCCACGCAGUCGUUAGAAAUCAUUUGUUUGCAAACCACAUACCUUAAACGAUGUCUUCUGAACUCCGAUUUGAUGGAAAGGUUACUGUCGUAACUGGAGCUGGUGGUGGUUUGGGAAGAGCUUAUGCAUUGUGGUUCGCUGAGCGAGGUUCUGCUGUUGUGGUCAAUGAUUUAGGUGGUUCUGCCAGUGGAGAGGGUAGUGGAAGAGCUGCUGAUGUUGUUGUGAAUGAAAUCAAAGCUAAAGGAGGGAAAGCUGUUGCUGAUUAUAACAGUGUUGAAGAAGGAGAUAAGAUAGUACAAACUGCAAUUGAUAACUUUGGAAGGAUUGAUAUUCUUGUCAACAACGCUGGCAUCUUGCGUGACAAGUCCGUGGUAAAUACAAGCGAUAAUGAUUGGGACUUGAUUCAUCGUGUACAUUUACGCGGAUCUUUCGUUACUACCAGAGCUGCGUGGCCCCAUUUCCGAAAACAAAACUAUGGCCGUAUUAUCAUGACAUCUUCCGUUGCUGGAAUUUACGGCAAUUUCGGACAAAGCAAUUACAGUGCUGCUAAACUGGGACUCCUUGGAUUGAGCAACACCCUGUCUAUCGAAGGCAAAAAAUACAACAUUCAUUGCAACACCAUUGUUCCUAUGGCUGGAUCUCGACUUACCAAGGGAAUUCUACCACCUGAUAUGAUGGAAGGAAUGAGACCAGAUCUUGUUGCUCCAGUCGUACUUUGGCUUUGCCAUGACAGUUGUACCGACACCGGAUCCGUGAUUGAAGCUGCGGCUGGAUGGGUUGGCAAAUAUCGCUGGGAAAGGACAAAAGGUAUGACUUUACGUGAAAGCACGAAUGAUCCCAUUCUUCCGGAAGCAGUUCGUGACAAUUGGGAGCAGAUUUGCGAUUUCAACAACUCCUUGCAUCCUAAAGGCAGCGAAGCUUCCAUGUUGCUUGGUAAAGUUCUUCAAGAUCUCAUGGAAAAAGACGCCAAUAGAGCUGCCAACCUCUCCCCAGUGGAGCAAGCCUUAAACUGGCGCCCAGCUCCAGUCAAGUGCCAAGUCUCUCCCAAAGAGAUUAUUUUGUAUGCGCUGUCAGUUGGAGCUUCAACUACUGAUAAAGAUGGCCUCCGUUACCUGUAUGAAGGUAGCGAGAACUUCUCGCCGAUCCCCACUUUCGGUGUGAUUUUGGCUCAAGAGGCUCUGAGCCAGAGCAACAUGAUUACUGGUGGAAUGCCCGGUUUCCAAGUUGACCUUUCCAAAGUACUACAUGGAGAGCAAUUCAUCGAAGUGCACAAAGAAAUUCCAACUCAUGGAAAUCUUGAAGCCAGUCUGAAUGUUGUUGACAUUUUGGAUAAGAAAUCGGGAGCUGUGAUAGUAACGAAUGUGGAGGUCGUGGACGAGUCGGGUGAUAAGGUUAUUUCGGCCCAAUGGUCCAUUUUCGUCGUCGGUGCUGGCGGUUUCGGUGGCAAACGUAACUCUGAGCACAUUGUUCCACAUGUUGAUCCUCCCAAGCGUAAACCCGACGCCUCUUUGACUUACAAGACUUCAAUCGACCAAGCUGCCUUGUACCGCCUUACUGGCGAUCGCAAUCCUCUGCACAUCGACGCUUCUUUCGCCGCUAUGGGAGGAUUUGAUCGUCCUAUCCUUCAUGGACUUGCCUCUUACGGAGUUUCUUGCCGCCUUGUUCUGCAACAGUACGCUGACAAUAAUCCAGCCUUGUUUAGAUCCAUGAAGUCAAGGUUCGCCAGCCCAGUUCUCCCAGGCCAAACUCUACAAGUCGACAUGUGGCAAGAGGGCAAUCGUAUUCACCUAGAGACUAAAGUAGCUGAAACCGGCAAAGCAGUUUUGACUGGUGCCUACAUCGAUUUGAAGUCUGUUGCAUCUGCCCCCGCACCAGCCCCCGCCGUGGCAUCGACCGGACUAUUGAGCGAGACAGUUUUCGCUGAAAUGAAACGUCGUCUGGAUGCUAAACCAGAAGUCGGAGCUAAAAUCAACGCGGUCUAUCAGUGGAAUAUUCUUUCGAACAAGAAACCAGCUGCAUCAUGGGUUGUGGAUUUGAAAGCCAAUCCAGGUGAUAUCUACCAGGGAGAGCCAAAAGGAAACAAAGCGGAUUGCAUCCUUACACUUGAGGAUGCAGAUAUGGUUGCCUUGGUCACUGGUAAGCUUAAUGCCCAGAAGGCUUACAUGCAAGGAAAACUGAAGAUUAAGGGUAACAUUAUGCUGACCCAAAAGCUCCAAGGGCUGCUCAAAGAAAAUGCCAAUUUAUAAGGAAGUUAGUAUUCUUAAAAGAAAGAAAAAAUGAUAGAGCUGGGAACAUUGUUACUUUUGUUGGCAAACCAUUUUUUAUUUUACUUAAACGGGUUCAAGGGGUUUGUAAUCAAAGAAUAAAUAUAUUAAACUACGUUUAAAAUGUU